UUUGGCACUUGGCACCAGUACAUCACAUGAAGGACGUGUGCGCAGCUCUUUACUGACGUGGAUGGAUCAUGGACAACAAAAGAGUCCUCCAGAGGUAGCGGCAGCGACAGAUCGCACCUGACCUGGCCCUGACGCGUCAGAGGAAUUGAGAUCACCGUCGGGGUCGGGUUUAUCAGCUAUCUGCACGCUCAUGCUCAUCACGUGAGUCCAUUUCAGGUGUGCUCCAGAUUUUCUGCCCUGUGACUGCCAUCGAUUUCCUGUUGGUAAAAGUGUAGCUGGAUCUGGAGAAUCUGGAUGGUGUCAUAGCGUCUUAGACGCCACGUACUAGGUAACACGUGAAUUGAGUUGGACGAAUUUUCGUCGAGAUGGGGAUUUUCAAUCACCAAAGAGCUUGAAAUGACAGUGGGCGGAAAGAGGUUCAAUCAACCAGAAGCAAACCCAGCCGCACAGAAGAGUUACCAGCUCCUGAAUCUCAAAAACCCCAGACCCUGCGGCAGAACAGCACCCGGAGUAGGGCCUCUUUCUUGGCGCGGCACGUCGGUCCGUGGUGAGCGACUGAGCAUGGCGCCUUCACCGCCGCAGCAGCUGAGCCUUGCCCUUGCGGACCUCAGGGCACUGUCCGUGCUCGGCCAGGGCGCCAGGGGCGUGGUCUUCCACGUCGUGCCCGUCGCCGCAGCAGCCGGGGACAGCACCGCUGCCGCAGGCGCUGGCGAGCCCAUGGCGCUCAAGGCCAUGUCCCGCGCCGCCGCGCGGCACAAGGGCGCGGGGCCAGGAGGUACGUGCCAUGGCGGUGGCGGUGACGGGCACCGGAGGAUCUGGUUCGAGCGCGACGUCCUGCUGUCGCUCCGCCACCCGCUGCUCCCGUCCCUCCGCGGCGUCGUGGCCACCGACACCGUCGUCGGCUUCGCCAUCACCCGCUGCCCCGGCGGCGACCUCAAGUCGCUCCGGCGCCGCUGGCGCGCCCAGACCACGUUCCCGGAGUCCGUCAUCCGGUUCUACGCGGCGGAGCUGGUGCUCGCGCUCGAGCACCUCCACGGCCUCGGCGUCGUGCACCGCGACCUCAAGCCGGAGAACAUCCUCAUCCAGGACUCAGGCCACAUCAUGCUCGUCGACUUCGACCUCUCCACCACGCUGCCGCCGCCGGAGCCUGAAGCGACCCCGGCACGCGUCACCUCGCUUUCACCUUCCUCGUCACAUUCACAUCACCACAGGCGCAAGAACAAGAAGGCCGCUAUGGUUCUCGCGUGCUUCUCCCAUUCCCGCCACGCAGCUUCGCCGGAGCCUUCGUCGCGGUCCCCGUCGUCCACUUCCAUGACGGCCUCGUCCGCGUCUGCGUCCUCGUCGUCCUGCUGCUCGCCGGGCGCUCGGACGCCAGCCAAGUCGAACUCGUUCGUGGGCACGGAGGACUACGUGGCGCCGGAGAUCAUAGCCGGCCGCGGGCACGACUACGCCGUGGACUGGUGGGGCCUCGGCGUGGUGAUCUACGAGAUGGUGUACGGGCGCACGCCGUUCCGAGGCCGGAGCCGGCGGGAGACGUUUCACCGCGUGCUCACCGCACCGCCGGAGCUGCCCGGCGAAGCCACGCCGUUGCGUGACCUCAUCACCAGGCUCCUCGAGAAGGACCCUGGGAAGCGACUAGGCGCGCGCGGCGUCAAGCGGCACGCCUUCUUUAGAGGCGUCGACUGGGAUCGCGUCCUCGACGUGGCGCGCCCGCCGUUCAUCCCGUCGCCUGAUGGAAACGAUGCUAACGCCGGCGCGGUGGUGGAGGCCGAAGCGCUGGACGUGGAGAAGGUCGUACAUGAAUUGUUCGGCUCGAGUGGCGCCGGCGAGACGCGGCUUGUGAAGGUCUGCAGCCACGGAGGGACAGAUGACGAUUUCUCCAUAUUUUUCUGAGUUUUGGUUAGCUAUAUUUCUGCACCAGAGGAAGGUAGGAACCGAGGAAAACAAGUUUGGUUUAUUUGCUAAAGUGAGCUACCCAAAUUGGCUAUACUCAAAUGGCAAGAUUAGACUUGCCUGGCUGAGAGAGUACGUACUAGCAUUAAACCGGCCAGAAAUCACAUUGUGUGAAGGAUUAAAUCAUUGUUGUAUCAUAAGUUGGAAUCAUUUGAAGCCAUGAAUUGAACUCACAUAUAUUAAAAUGGUUC